CUGUACAGAAAUUCUUUCUUCACGCAAUAAAGCAGCGUAUAAAAGUAGGUGUCAUCAGGGACUUCCUCCGUUAGUCUACGCUAUCCUUUGAGGCAGGGUUGAGGCAUCUCCGGGUAUUCGGUUCAAAAUGAAAACGAUAAUUGGGCUGCUCGUGCUACUGGCUGCUGCUCUCGCCGCUCCGCUGGAUGACUCACAAAGUGCGCAAAUUCUAAAGUAUGACAGUGAAAAUAUCGGAAUUGAUGGAUACCGAUUCGAAUUCGAAACCAGUGAUGGAACGUCCCGCUCGGAACAAGCUGAACUACGAAACGCAGGAACUGACACCGAGUCGAUCGUGGUACGAGGAUCUUACUCAUACGUUGGGCCAGACGGUACGCAGUACGUGAUCAAUUAUGUUGCGGACGAGAAUGGUUUUCAACCGGAAGGUGCCCAUAUACCGAAGUAACGAGAGAAGAUCUGAUUCGUUAGUGUUAAGUUAGGGUAUUUUUAGGUUUUGUUGUAGCUAUAUUUGUACACCAAAUAAAAAGUCACUGGCGAACACGAAAUAAAACUUACACUAAUUUUAAAA